UACAUCCGCAUAUAAUGAACAGAGAAAAUUGAACAACAGUAAUAUCAAAUGUGAAGACGUCAGCCUCUAAGAGCGGGAAGGAUUGAUAAUUAAUUAACUUACAACCGUAAACACAAAAAAGAAAGAAUUUUCGAUUAUUUGUUUUAAAAAAAAGAACAUUUUUUUUUUUUUUCUUGCAAAGUUUGUUGUUAUUUAUAUUAUUUUAAUGCGCGUGGUAACAGAAAUAAGUUAAGAAACAGAAAAAUAACUUAACCUCACAUUUCUUCGUUUUAACUUCGUUUAUUAUACGCACACAUAUGCAUAAAAAAAAACAAUUCAUGUCUGUAAAGUCACAUAAGAGUUUCAUAUUUUGUGUUUGAUUAUAUGGGCACGUGCAUGUGAGCUGCGCUGUUGUGUGCAAGCGGUGAUUGAGACAUGCACGAAACUGCAUAUAACUUAUAUACGUGAGUUUUGGACGAAGUUUAGUUACAAAAAAAAAAAAAAACAAAUAAAUAAAUAAAAAAAAAAAACAAAGCGUAAGAAGCGUAAGAAAUAUUCUGUUAAAGAGGCUUUUUGAAAUAUGGCUGCUACAAUUUCCAGACGGUCUUCGGGUGGUAAUUCUAGUGGCUCGAAUACGUCACCCACCCCCUCAAGACAACCUAAGCGUCGUAAUGAGCGUAACAUUCUUACGUUUUAUGAAAAAAUUGCCGUUAUACGUUACUAUGAUGAAACGAACGUCUCGCGUAAUAGCCUGGCAAAAAUGUUUCAUUGUUGUGCAACCCAAAUUCGUCGUAUAUUGGAACGCAAACAAGAAUUGUUACAACAAUUGGCUACACUAAGCGAAGCCGAUGCUUCCAUAAUUAUUGAGGAGAUGACUCGUAAAAGGCGCAAAUUUGAGAUGAGUGCAAUUAGUUUUAUACUGUAUCAGUGGGUGGAAAGAUGCCGUCAACUGCGUCUCCGUAAAAGUAUAACAAAUGAAACGUUGAAGGAUACAGCUUUAAAAAUGGCAGCCAUUUUAAAUUUACCUGCAUUUCGACCCUCCUAUAGAUGGCUGAAUCGUUUUCGCGGUAAAUACAAAUAUAAUGACGAAGAUUUAGGAUCAGGCAAUGUCCCCAAUACUGUCGUAGGAGAAUUAUCUGUAGAGGAUAUAAUUAUCGAAUAUAAAGACUCAUUACCGAGUUUUAUGCAAAAAGAAAUCUCUGCUAUAACGCAGUCGGCAAAAGUGGAGGAGAAUUUACAACUCAAGAGUCACGACGGAAAAGAUGCCAAGAGACCAGAAAUUCUAGUAAUGGUAAAUGACAAUAGUCUGGAUGACUUUGAGAUAUCCGAUGAUGACAAUGAAGUUGAAACAGUAGAAAUAAACAAAAUAUCUAAUAAAAAUAAUAAUAAUAAUAAUAGUAAUAAUAAUAAAGACAUGGAUGAUGUAGUAGAGGUGAUAGAGGAUAGUAAUUGCAGAGAACCUGAAAAAACGAAUGUAACAACGCCUACAGUUAGCAAAUCGUCUGAACCAGUAUCAGCAGAAUUUGCAAUGAAUGCUGGUACCUCUGCUCUCUUGCAUAGUGUCUUCCCUCAUCUAGCUGUUAUACACCAAUUUGCCUUACUUAAUUCGGAUGUGAAAGCCUUGGAGUUGAUAUCCAAACUUGGUGUACACAUGCAAACGCAGGCUGCCGAAGGUGCCUAUAAACAAUUGUCGCUGGCGACCAAUCCUACAAACUGCAUUGAUUUGAAUGAAACGGAAACCAACGGCGACGGAAUCUAUCCCGAUAUAGAUGAUAUUGUUUUAAUUGAAUAGCAAUCAACUCCACAACCUCAUAUAAGUUAGGUUAAGACUAUUUUAGAAAAAUACCUUUUUUUGUACUUAAAUUAUUUAUUUUUUAUAGUUGGUUUUAAAGUAAAAUAUUUUU